AUGUCAUUCCUCACGCGCUGCGCUCCAUCUGUUCGUGCGCUUGCACUGAUGAACCCCGCAGCUGGUGUGUGUAAAACAACCACCGCUACUACGCCUGUCUUGGCUAUUGGGGGGUCCUACAGAUCGAUCUCCUCGACAAGAAAGAGGGAGACUGGACCCGUGGACGCUGCGAAGAGCACCCUGAAGAAAGCUGAUCGGCUUGUUUCCGAUGCUGCGGUGAAGGGGAUCGAGACUGGAGAAUCUGCGGCACAUAAGGUCAAGGAGACCGUUGGCGUGGCUGGUAGCCAGGCCAAGGAAAAGUCGGCGGAGUUGAAGGGUGCUGCGGCCGAGAUGGCCGGGAAGGGUAAGGGUAAAGCCCAAGAGACGCUGAGUGAGGUCAAGGGUAAGGCGAAGGAGGCUGCAGACAAUGUGAAGUCAUAG